UUUUCGCUUUUUUCCAUUCCUUCGCGCCACUGGCUGCCCAAACUAAGGCAAACCAGGAACAGCACAGUGGCGCCACCGGUUUUUGCGCCCCGGUGUGGCGUAGAAUAGCAUCCGACAGCCAUAGAUUUCAAUUUCAAUCUCCAGAAAACAUCGGAUCUGACUCUCUCUCUCUCCACCCUUCCCUUUUCACUGCCUAAAGUUACCGAUCAUCACGGACAGCACGCUCCACAUUUCGCAUGUGAAUGAUCAUCGCAUUCCACAUUCACCUACACAUACAGCGCUCCCAAGACCUAAGCCUGAUAAUCAAUCGCCUGCCCCAGCUUGCUCACUGCAUUUCCGCUUCAAAAAUCGGAAUCAAUCGCUUCUUGCUUACGCUGCUCUGUAUAUCUUUGUGGAGUUGAGCUUUGAGGCUGAGGACUGAUGGGGACGGAAAGCAUUUCCAAGAUGAAAGUUGUCAACGGCGACGCCGGAUACAUUCUCGAAGACGUUCCUCACUUGAGCGAUUACAUUCCCGAUCUCCCUACCUAUCCCAAUCCAUUGAGGUUCAAUGCAGCAUACUCAGUUGUUAAGCAAUAUUUUGUUGACAUGGAUGAUACUGUAGCCCAAAAGAUUGUUGUUCACAAGGAUAGUCCACGAGGAAUACAUUUUCGACGAGCUGGACCUCGUCAAAAGGUGUAUUUUAAUUCAGAUGAGGUGCAUGCUUGUAUUGUAACAUGUGGUGGAUUAUGCCCUGGGCUGAACACUGUGAUCAGGGAAAUUGUGUGCGGCCUUUGUCACAUGUAUGGUGUCAACAAAGUCCUCGGGAUAGAGGGGGGAUAUAGGGGUUUCUAUUCACGGAAUACUGUUCCCUUGACACCAAAGGUUGUAAAUGACAUUCAUAAACGUGGUGGUACAAUUAUUGGGACGUCACGAGGAGGUCAUGAUACCUCAAAGAUAGUUGAUAGCAUUCAAGACCGUGGGAUUAACCAGGUUUAUAUAAUUGGAGGGGAUGGAACACAAAAAGGAGCUGCUGCCAUCUACGAGGAGAUUAGACGACGUGGUCUCAAAGUAGUAGUUGCUGGAAUUCCAAAAACAAUUGACAAUGACAUUCCGGUCAUCGACAAGUCAUUUGGUUUUGAUACUGCUGUUGAGGAGGCUCAACGAGCAAUCAAUGCUGCACAUGUUGAAGCUGGAAGUGCUGAGAAUGGCAUUGGCGUUGUGAAGCUAAUGGGUCGCUACAGUGGCUUCAUUGCAAUGUAUGCUACACUUGCCAGCCGAGAUGUGGACUGUUGUUUGAUUCCAGAAUCACCCUUCUAUCUUGAAGGCAAGGGUGGGCUUUUUGAGUUCAUGGAAAAACGGCUCAAAGAAAAUGGGCACAUGGUUAUUGUAAUAGCUGAGGGAGCAGGGCAGGAGCUUCUUUCAGAGAGCUUGCAGUCUGGGGACCAGAAAGAUGCUUCUGGGAACAAGCUACUCAGAGACGUUGGCUUGUGGAUUUCUCAUCAAAUCAAGCAUCAUUUCUCCAAAGUUCGGAAGGUGGAUAUCACUCUUAAAUAUAUAGAUCCUACGUACAUGAUUCGGGCUAUUCCAAGCAAUGCAUCUGACAAUGUGUAUUGCACACUCCUUGCUCAAAGUGCUGUUCAUGGAGCUAUGGCAGGGUAUACAGGCUUCACAAGCGGGCUUGUUAAUGGCAGGCACACUUAUAUUCCUUUCAAUCGUGUCACAGAGAGACAAAACAAGGUUGUGAUAACCGACAGGAUGUGGGCAAGGCUCCUCUCUUCGACCAACCAGCCGAGCUUUUUAGGCCCCAAAGAGAUUCUUGAAGCCGAAAAGGAGGAAUUGCCUCCAACUGGGCUGUUGAGUGGGGAGAAUAGUCAAGAUGAAGUCAAAACAGGUAGCUAAAGACUUAUACCAGCAUUACAUGAAUUGAUCGAACCACCCUCACAAAAAUAUUUCACUGCUUCCUAUUUCAUCAGUAACCCAUGAAUAGAGAAUUCAUUGGAUUAUGAUCGAAACACCUUUCAAUCUGUUGUAUUAUUUCUUUUUUUCGGCUCAGUUGGGACUCUUUUGGUACUAACUGUAAUCUUGUCAAACAAAAUCUGAUCUAUAUAUGCUAAGAAUAAUUUUGCA